AAAAGGAAAAAGGUCGUGUAUCUGGGAUCCUCCGUUGAAAUCCUUCAAACCAGCACGAGGGAAGGACAGAUAAUAAAUUAACCAUCAAGCUGUGAGUGAUUUUAUGUCGGUGCCGUUACCGUCCGGUCUGCACGGACCCCGGUCUGCACCUCUCAUCAGGUCCUUUAAUGUGAGGAGCAGCGAGCCUUCAACCUGCUGCCUGAACGUGGAUCCACACCGAGCCCUCUUCUCUCUGAGGGGAUGGAGGUGAAAGCCUGAAAGUAACUCUGAAUGCUGGAGUGCUGGAUGCAGGGUCUGGUGGAGCGGCUGUGUUUAAAGACGAGCUCAAGGUCACGUCUGUCUGGCUCUGGAAACUCCAGACAGAUCGCUGCCCGGAGAGGAGACUGAGAAGAGGAAGCCGGGCACUUUGGGAUCUGACCAGUGACCUGCAGGGGGAGAGAAGCAGCGUAGAGGCUUGAUUAAAAUGGGGCUGCAGAUCUUGGUACCUGCUGACAGUGUGUCUGAGGGCCGCUCGCUCAGCCAACAGCCAUGCCAGACGUAAAGCCUCCACCACCAUGUGACUACCCCUCCACCUCCUCUGUUGCGGACUCCGUCGGCUCUCCUGCUGGCUGCGCCUCCCCCUUCGACCUCCUCAUAGACAUGGAGCCCUGCAUCGCCAACCUCCCUCUGUCCCCCGACCCCUUGUCCUCCUUCCACCGACACAGACCCAGCUUCCCUUUCUACCCAGGCUCCCACGGGCCUCCCUUCCCUCUCAUGGCCAGGUGUAACAGCAGCACCCUGCUCACAAACCUGGGGCUGAGGUACUGCUCCAACAGGCAGGGCCCUUUGGGGAUGGGGCCAGGUCAGGGGCCGGGCCCGGGCUCCUGCAACUACACAGGAAGCAACAGGCCUUACAGGAGUAUGGAGAACCUGAACUGGAACAAUGUGGCAGAUUCUGGUCUGUGUGCUUUCAGUGCUGCCCCCUACAGGAGCAUGGAUGGUGAGUUUAUUUUACGAUACACCUCCACUAGCCACUGGUAUGAUGGGCCACCAGAUGGAUCUAUGGUGGGGGCCCACGGACUGGUACCCAACCAAGAGAGCCUGGCGUUUUACCCUCGACAUGGGCUUCCCAGGAAGGACCUACCGCUCUUCCCUCAGGUGCUGUUUCCAGGUGCCGUCGACGAAUGGGAUGUGAGGAAAGGCCUGAGGGAGAAGCUCCGCCUCCAGAGUGCGAGGUCAUCAGUCGAGCCUCUGAAGCCCCUCCCAUUGCGGCCUCAGGCGACCCCAGGUGCUGCACCCAUCCAACUGGAGGGUGCACAUCAUGUGAAUUCAACAGUUGCUGGGUCCAGGCCGCCGUGCACAAUGCGCAUCACCAGUCCCGAGGAGAUUAAGCAGGAGGUCAUGAGGCGCUUACAACUCCGGCGGCAGAACAGCAGCCCCAACCUGGCUCUCCACAGCUCCCCAUCCAGCCCGGAAGUGGUUAAGACAUCCUACACAACAGACAACAUUACAGGUAGCGGGGGUGGAUCAGAGCGCCGCAGACCUCCUAUGGGACGCCUACAUAUCCCCACGUUUGAGGAGUUUAAGAGGAUGAGGCAGAAAGAGGGAGAACAGAACAAAGGGUCCACAGCGGGUUCUGUGGUAUCUGGAAAAUCUGAGGGUGAGUCGCCACAAGAAGCAGGAAUAUCAGACAGUGAGAUGCAUCCUUCUUAUCGGACUGUCCCUCAGGAGGGAGAAAUAAGCAGAAGGACCUCAGAGAGAUCUCCCUGUAUCACUGUGAGCUGUAACGGCACUUCAGCUCCCAUCUCCACUUCCGUCACCAGCACAUACUCUCCCAUCCGCACAGGCCCGUCUCCACGUUCACCCCUGCAGCCCCUGGCCAGCUCCACCCAGGAGAAGGCCCCCGCUGCAGGGGGAGAUGACGGGAGCACCAGGCGUAGGAGGAGCAGUCUGGAACCAGCUGGGUCGGUUCCUUUCCCGCCCAGCAGGGGGAACUGGGACCGGCCCUCCAGCUGCUGCCCUGCGCUCCUUCUGGAGGGGACGGACCUUUCCAGCUACGGAGCCAAGAUCUACAAGAUGAAGGACGGCCUCAUCGGCUCCGCACUGGACCUCAUCAAAAAGAGCUGCAGUGCAGAGAUCUCCGCCGAGGCCCCCGUCAGGCUGUCAGGUGACCGGGACGGAGGCUGUGACAUCACCGCCCCCUCGACCGACUGUCAUCCCUCCGCCGUUGCCAUGGCAACGUCGGCAACGGCCUGCGGAGCCGAGGCUGGCGACGAGACGCCUGCAGGAGGAGGAGGAGGAGGAAGAGAGGAAGCAGCAGAAUGCCACACCGGUCUGGGCUGCAGGCGCUCCAGCUCGGACGCAGCCUAUGAGCUGUCUGAGACGGUGAGGGCGCAGCGCGAGUGCCGUCUCCGGCCCCACUACAGCGAUCCCAUGCCGGCCGACGCCUCCAAGCGCAAACAGCUGGAGAUGAAGAUCGCUGCAGCCGCACGACUCCACGGCCAUCGCCGAGACCGCGACAGGGACCGAGACCGAGACAGCGCUCCAGCAGCAAUCCGUGGUCGCUCAGAGCCCCCCGGUGAGGAGCGCCAGGUGGGUCUGGGUGUGACUCGGUCCGGGCAGCAUCGCUGGAGCACCAUCAGCAGCUUGAGCGUGGACAGCGGAGUGGUGGGCCUCAGCGAUGAGCGGGAGGAGGAGGACAGCGAGCCUCGCCGUUACCGCAGGUACCGGGGAGCCGAGGUGGAGCGGGUGGACAGCGGCAUUGGCCCGGGUCUGUCCCGCACCUGGAAGAGACCAUCGGCCUCCCUCAGAGCCUGGGAGGCCCAGAGACCCUGUCCAGACUGUGGACUGAGGGACGGGGUCUCCAAAGAGCGAGGAGAGCGCAUGUGUGAACGUUGCUCCAAGCUGCGCACCGAGCGCAAGGAAGCCAUCCUGGAGUUUCUGAACACGGAGUCGAGCUACGGCGAAGACCUGCGGAUCAUCAGGGAGGAGUUUUACUGCCCCAUGCAGAGCGCUGCGCUGCUGACAGCCGAGCAGCUCACCGUGGUGUUUAGUAACGUUCAGGAGCUCAUAGACGUCAACGACCGCUUCACUGAACACCUGCAGGACAGCAUCGACCAGGGCUUUGACCAGUUCCAUCAUUUCUACCUUUCCGUCAAAGAUACUGACACAGAUGUCUAG